AUGGAGAAACAAGCGAGUCUGAAAGAAAAGGUUUCAACCUCCGGCUCUCGGGCAACUGCUCGACCUGCGCGCCGGACUUCAGGGGACAACGGGACCAGGUGUGUUCUCAGCAAAGCUGAGUUCGUGGAGAAAGUGCAACGGAGCAACGAGGCGUGUCAGCGGGGGGACUUUCUGGCGGCCAUCAAGUUGUAUGGCGAAGCCUUGCAAGCUGACCCACAGAAUUGUAUCCUGUACAGUAACCGGUCUGCCGCACUCCUUAAACUGGGUAAACACCAGGCAGCUCUGGAUGAUGCAGAGAAAGCCUGUGAGCUCAAUCCUAAAUGGCCUAAGGCAUACUUCCGACAGGGUGUUGCCCUUCAGUACCUUGGACGCCAUGCCGACGCACUCGCCGCGUUUGCAUCUGGGCUGGCCCAAGACCCCAAGAGCCUUCAGCUACUGGUGGGCAUGGUGGAAGCUGCCAUGAAAUCUCCUCUACGGGAGUCUCUAGAGCCAACUUAUCAACAGCUGCAAAAGAUGAAGCUGGACAAGAGUCCCUUUGUGGUGGUGUCUGUGAUAGGCCAGGAGCUGUUGACAGCUGGCCACCACACAGCUUCUGUUGUAGUUCUAGAAGCAGCUUUGAAGAUCGGGACUUGCAGCCUCAAGCUGCGUGGCUCUGUCUUCUCAGCCCUCAGCAGCGCCCACUGGUCUCUAGGCAACACGGAGAAGAGCACUGGUUACAUGCAGCAGGACUUGGAGGUGGCCAAGACCUUAGGUGACCAAACCGGGGAAUGCCGUGCUCAUGGGAAUUUAGGCUCGGCAUUCUUUUCCAAGGGAAACUAUCGCGAAGCGCUGACCAACCAUCGAAACCAGCUGGUUCUUGCCAUGAAGCUGAAAGACAGAGAGGCUGCAUCGAUGGCUCUGAGCAGCUUGGGGCAUGUAUACACAGCCAUAGGGGACUACCCAAAUGCACUAGCCAGCCACAAGCAGUGUGUUCUGCUGGCUAAGCAGUCUAAAGAUCAGCUCUCUGAGGCACGAGAGCUGGGAAACAUGGGUGCUGUCUACAUCGCAAUGGGAGACUUUGACAAUGCCGUCCAAUGCCACGAGCAGCACUUGGAUAUCGCCAAGACCCUUGAAAAUAAGCGAGAGGAAGCUCGGGCCUACAGUAACUUAGGCAGCGCGUACCAUUAUCACCGAAACUUUGACAAGGCCAUGUCUUACCACACGCAUGUGUUGGAGCUUGCCCAAGAACUGGAAGAAAAAUCUAUUGAGAUGCGAGCGUAUGCAGGCCUGGGGCAUGCUGCUCGUUGUAUGCAGGACCUGGAGAGGGCCAAGCAGUAUCAUGAACAACAGCUCUCCAUAGCUGAGGGUUUGAAAGACAGAGCAGCAGAGGGAAGAGCCUCUUCUAAUCUGGGCAUUAUUCACCAGAUGAAAGGAGACUACGAGACUGCACUCAAACUCCACAAGACUCACCUAGCCAUUGCUCAGGAGCUCAAUGACUACGCCGCACAGGGGCGGGCUUUUGGAAACAUGGGCAAUGCUUACAAUGCCCUUGGAGCCUUUGACCAGGCAGUUCGUUACCACCGUCAGGAGCUGCAGAUCUCCAUGGAGGUCAAUGACCGGGCCUCACAAGCAUCCACUCAUGGCAAUUUGGCUGUGGCUUACCAAUCCUUGGGAGCACAUGACCGGGCUUUGCAGCAUUACCAGAACCAUCUCAACAUCGCUCGCGAGCUUAGAGAUGUCCAGAGCGAGGCGCGAGCCCUGGGUAACCUUGGCAACUUUCACUGCUCACGUGGGGAAUUCCCUCAGGCUGUGCCCUAUUAUGAGCAGUACCUGCGCUUGUCCCCUGACCUCCAAGACAUGGAAAGUGAAGGAAAAGUUUGUCACAAUUUGGGCUAUGCCCACUACUGCUUAGGCAACUACCAGGAUGCUGUCAAAUACUACGAGCAGGACCUUGCUUUGGCCAAGGACCUCCAUGAUAAACUAAGUCAAGCCAAGGCAUACUGUAAUCUGGGUUUGGCCUUCAAGGCUCUGGGUGACUUUGCUAAGGCGGAGGAAUGUCAGAAAUAUCUGUUGUCACUUGCCCAAUCCCUGAACAAUUCACAGGCUCGCUUCAGAGCUCUUGGCAACCUAGGAGACAUAUUUGUCUGUAAAAAAGACGUGGCUGGAGCCAUUCAGUUUUAUGAGCAGCAGUUGGCCUUAGCUCAUCAGGUGAAGGAGCGACGGCUGGAGGCCUGUGCCUAUGCUGCCCUCGGGGCCACUUACAGGCUUGUGCAUAAAUAUGACAAAGCUUUAGGUUACCACACUCAAGAGCUGGAGGUUUACCAAGAGCUUGGGGACAUGCCUGGAGAGUGCAAAGCUCACGGACACUUGGCAGCUGUCUACAUGGCCUUAGGGAAAUACGCCAUGGCCUUCAAGAGCUACGAAGAGCAGUUAGAACUAGGGCAAAGGUUAAAAGAUCCUGUUGUGGAGGCACAGGUGUAUGGAAAUAUGGGCAUCACAAAAAUGAAUGUUGGGGUGAUGGAGGAAGCUAUCGGCUACCUGGAGCAACAGCUUGCUACUUUACAGCAACUCAGUGGUAAUGAGGCUGUAAUGGACAGGGGCAGGGCCUACGGAAACCUCGGGGACUGUUACGAGGCUCUUGGUGACUUUGAGGAAGCCAUCAAGUACUAUGACCAAUAUUUAUCAGUAGCUCAGAGUCUCAACUGUAUGCAGGAUCAGGAAAAGGCCUACCGAGGUUUGGGGAACGGACACAGGGCCAUGGGAAACCUCCAACAAUCACUCGUGUGCUUUGAGAAGCGGCUAGUGGUGGCUCAUGAGCUGGGAGAGUGUGGAGUCAAAGCUCAGGCCUACGGUGAACUGGGUGCACUACACAGCCAGUUGGGCAAUUAUGAGCAGGCCAUCUCUUGUUUGGAGCGUCAACUGGUCAUUGCCCGUGAUACCCAUGAUAGGCUACUGGAGGGCGACGCCAGCUGCGGUCUCGGUGCUGUAUACCAAGCGAUGGGAGAAUAUGAGACAGCGCUGCGAUGCCACCAGAGUGACCUCGAGAUCGCGGAGGAAACCGGAAGCCCCACGCGCCAGGCUCGCGCCUAUGGGAACCUUGGUCUUACCUAUGAGUCUCUGGGAAACUACGAGAGAGCGGUUGUGUUCCAAGAGCAGCACCUAAGUGUGGCAGCUCAGACUAAUGACUUGGCUGCCAAAACACUAGCCUAUGGCAGCUUGGGGAGAACACACCACGCACUGCAGAACUAUUCACAAGCUGUCAUGUACCUGCAGGAAGGCUUGCGGCUCGCAGAACAGUUGGCUCGGCGUGAAGAGGAAGCGAAGAUCCGCCAUCGUCUAGGGCUGUCUCUGUGGGCCAGUGGGAAUCUGGAAGAGGCCCAACAUCAGCUUUACAGGGCAUCUGCACUAUUUGAGACCAUCAGACAUGAAGCACAGCACAGCACAGACUACAAACUUUCACUGUUUGACCUGCAAACUUCUUGCUACCAGGCUCUCCAACGAGUGCUUGUGAGCUUAGGACACCAUGAUGAGGCAUUGGCAGUGGCAGAGCGAGGACGUACGCGAGCUUUUGCUGACCUUUUGGUUGAAAGACAGACAGGCCAGCAGGACUCUGACCCUUACACCCCAGUAACAGUGGAGCACAUUUUGGACACGGUCAACAGCCAGAGGGCCUUGGUACUUUACUUUUCCAUGGCUGCUGGUUACCUGUACAGCUGGCUACUUGCCCCAGGAGCAGGCAUCCUGAAGUUCCAUGAAGUGUACUUGGGUGAGGGAAUAUCAGAAGUAGGAUCAGACUUCCAAGAAGGAGGUGUUAGUGGAGGAGGGGUGGUCAGUGCCUCAUCACUGGAGCAGCACAUAGCCAGCGCACGAGAGGCCCUCGGAGUUGAAUCGUAUUACAGCAGAGGGUGUUCUAGCAGUGAGACUGAAAGUGAGGCGGGAGAUUUGUUGGACCAACAAUUCGAGGAGCUAAACAACAAGCUUAACUCGGUCACUGAUCCUACAGGCUUUUUGCGCAUGGUGUCCAGAAACAACCUUUUCAACAGAAGCUGCCAGAGCAUGACCAGCCUGUUCAGUAAUACCAUGUCUCCUGCCAAAGACGGUUGUUCUUCCCUGCCUCAUCGCACCAGCAAUCUCGGGAAGCCUCCUCUCAGAGCACUUUAUGAUUUGCUCAUUGCACCUAUGGAGGGGGGUUUGAUGCACUCCAGUGGUCCGGUGGGCAGACACAGACAACUUGUCAUGGUGCUGGAGGGAGAACUUUAUCUUAUCCCUUUUGCUCUGCUAAAAGGAAGUUCAUCCAAUGAGUAUCUGUAUGAGCGUUUUAGCCUCAUCGCUGUUCCCUCAAUCCAGGGCCUUGGAUCCUGUGCUAAGGUUCACUCCCGGCGGCCUGGACCAGCUCCCUGCGGUGGGGUGUCGAUGGCAGCAGUAGUGGGAAACCCUAGGCUGCCUUCACCUGUGAUGGACCGCUGGCUCUGGGGGCCAAUGCCCUCUGCAGAAGAGGAAGCUCUCAUGGUAGCUGAGUUGUUGGGAUGCCAACCACUUUCUGGGACUGCAGCGACAAAAGAGAGGGUCAUGAGUGCCCUCACACAAGCAGAGUGUGCUCACUUUGCUACUCACAUUUCCUGGAAAUUAGCUGCUCUGGUGCUCACUCCUAACCCAGAAAGCAUGCCUGGCGGAGCAAGUGCUAACGUGGGUGGGGGAACGAUCGGUAGAGGUACGGGGCGAAGAAGAGGAAGCAGCAGUCGAGGCAGGAAGGGUUCAGUUGGAAGCGGCUACACUAACCCAGAAUCUCACCACAUGCAAGAUGACAGCAGUGAUGUGGACAGUAUCUGCGACAGUCCACCGUUACAAGAAUUUCUCUUGACAGCUGCUGAUAUACUGGAUCUUAGGCUACCUAUCAAGCUGGUGGUGCUUGGCUCCUACCUGGAGUCCAGCAGCAAAGUAACAGCUGACGGUGUUGUUGGCUUGACACGUUCCUUCCUGGCUGCAGGGGCGCAGUGUGUUCUUGUGUCUUUGUGGCCAGUCCCUAUGGCAGCUUCGAAGGUUUUUGUCCAUGCUUUCUACACUGCCCUUCUGAACGGGACCAAGGCAAGUGCUGCGCUGGCAGAUGCCAUGAAAACUGUACAAAGCAGCAAGCAGUACUCGCAUCCUUCCAACUGGGCAGGAUACAUGCUGAUUGGCAGUGAUGUGAAACUUAACAGCCCCUCGUCCCUGAUUGGACAAGCUUUAGCAGAGAUUCUGCAGUAUCCAGAUCGUGCUCGCGAUGCUCUGAGAGUUUUACUCCACUUGGUGGAGAAGUCCCUUCAAAGAAUCCAGAAUGGUCAACGUAACUCAAUGUACACAUCCCAGCAAAGUGUGGAGAAUAAAGUUGGAGGAGUGCCUGGGUGGCAGGCCUUGUUAACUGCUGUAGGUUUCCGGCUUGACUCUGCAGGCACUGGCAUCCCUGCAGCAGUUUUCUUUCCCACUGCUGACCCAGGAGACAGGCUCCAACAGUGCAGUACCACUUUACAAUCACUUCUAGGUCUGCCACCCCAAGCCCUUCAGGCUUUGUGCAAACUCAUCACAGCUUCAGAAGCAGGGGAGCAGCUCAUCAAUCGGGCUGUUAAAAAUAUGGUGGCGAUGCUCCACCAGGUGCUAGUGCAGCUACAGACUGGUGAGAAGGAACAGGAUUUUUCUCUUCUGCCCAUUCAGGUGUCCAUUAGUGUGCAACUUUGGAGACUUCCAGGAUGCCACGAGUUUUUGGCAGCACUUGGUUUUGACCUUUGUGAGGUAGGCCAAGAAGAAGUGGUGCUAAAAACAGGCAAGCUAGCGAAUCGCCGCACAUUGCACUUUGCUCUGCAGUCUCUGCUGGCGUUAUUUGACUCCACAGAACUGCCUAAGCGUUUAAGUCUCGACAGCUCAUCUUCCCUUGAGUCUUUGGCCUCAGCGCAGUCUGUUUCAAACCCUCUUCCGAGUUAUUCAAGCCUUCCUUUCACUCCUCAUUGCCUGGACAGUCAGGCAUCAGAUGCCAUCUCUGUCUAUAGUCUGAGCUCUGUGGCCUCCUCCAUGAGCUUUGCUUCCAAAUCCGAUUGUGACUUCCUCAGCCAUCGGCACCGCAGUGGGGCCUCAGCACACUAUGCGGCCCACAAACACCCUCACGUACCCCGCAGUCGAUCGUCUCCUCAUGGAGCAGCGACUGCAAUGUCAGGAGCCCGAGGAGAAGAGGAGGAAUAUGAGGGCUUCUCUAUUAUCAGUAGUGAACCACUCGGGAGCCAUUGUGACUCUUUGCCUCUGCCACCGGGCCACAGCCAGCGCCACCACAGAGGAGGAAGAGGGGUUGUUUCGCGGUCAAGUAGUGGGGCAGGCAGAGGUUACUCUGUAUCAGUGUCAUCAAGAGGCAGUGUCAGCACCCCCACUUCCCCAGUCAAAACAUGCCUCGUUCCCAGUCCAAACUCACCCUUCCAGAAAGUUGGUAAAGUGAGCAGUUCAGACACAGGUGAAUCGGAUCAAUCCAGUACAGAGACAGACAGUACUGUGAAGUCCCAGGAGGAAAAAAGUCCCCCUCUCGAUCCUCAGGAACUGGCACAGAAGAUUUUGGAGGAGACACACAGUCAUCUACGGGCAGUUGGUAGUCUUCAGCGAACCAGGGUGGAGGGUGGAACUUCAAGAGGAAAUUCACCACAAAGUAGCGCCUUCCGCUCCUCAGAAACUAGUGCAUUUAGCCGUCCUAACAGCAGUGCUAGUGGCAGAGCUCAGUCUUCCCCAAAACCUAAACCCCCCUCCCGCUCAUCUUCCUUGCAAAAAAUAAGCUCUGGCUACAAUAGUCCAGCCGUCUCAGAGGGUUCACAAAAGGACAGUAGCCAUCCUUCGCCCAUUUCAGAAAGCCAUGCACAGUUCAAGUUGAAGUACCCAAGUUCCCCAUACAGUGGCCACAUAUCACGAUCCCCCAGUAAUGUGUCUCCUAGUUCUGGUCACCAAUCACCAGUUGGGAGUGCACCCUCUCCUGCCCUAUCCUAUUCCUCUACAGGCUCCGCCACCUCGGCUGAUGCACCAGAUCUUGACCGAUUAAGGAGAGGGGUCAUUGAUGAAAAAGUCCAAGCCAUCCACAAUCUGAAGACUUUCUGGGUAAAUGCUACAGCUCAGCAACAUCUCGGCCCUGUCAAAGCUGUUCAUAGCGCCCCUAGUCCUUUGGCAACUGCCAGUAGGGAUGUACUGAGCCUUCUGAACCUCUCGCCACGGCAUUGUUCCCCCAAUGAUACCCAAGACAGCCUGGAGCUGCGGGAGCUGGGACUGCAGUCAAUGGAGCGGGGUGGUAAGAACUCCAAUGGGCAUCACUGCUCCAGUCCUAAGAAAGGGGCUCCAUCGCCUACCAUUUCUACAAGCAGUAGUCCUGGUGCUCGUUCAAUCCGACUACCCGCUGGGAACGGAUACAAGUUCUUGUCACCUGGAAGAUUUUUCCCUUCUUCUAAAUGCUGA